CUUGUCUUGUGUCUGUGUCUUCGUCUUCUCUUCAUGCUGCGUGCUUGUGCUUACUUCGCCUCGCCCUUUUAUCUCGUCUCUCUGCUGAACUUUUUGAAGAAGAAAAUAUGCUCUGUGUCAGCUCGAAUAUUCUUUCAAAGGUUGAUCAGCUUCAUCAAGAUCACGUCGUCAUCAGAGAUGUAGAUCAAUUGAAUGAUAAAUUGAACAUCUUAGUAGCGGGAAAAGCAGACAAACUUCAGAUUAUUGCAGACUUUGACUCCACCCUUACAAAAUCUAUUGUCGAUGGGAAACCAACGCCUCACUCCUUAGAAAUAUUUGCCAGUGCGAAGAGUUUAUCGAAAAAGUACCGGGAUGGAUGCAAAGCCUUGGAAGCCAAGUAUGGGCCUAAAGUAUCAAGAGAGAAGACUGAAGAAGAGUUACAACGAGUUUACGAUCAGUGGUGGGACGAUCACGAAAUCCUUACAGCUGGAGAAAAUAUCACGUUGAAAGAUAUCGAGGAGGCUGUGGAUUCUAUCAAUACUCCUCUCAGGGAUGGAUGUACAGAUAUGUUCAAUCUCCUGUCAAAGCACCAAGUUCCUGUGGUCGUCCUGUCGGCUGGUCUCGGCGAAGUCGUCAACUACACUCUUCGAGACUUCAAACCAACAGUGAUAUCAAACUUCAUUCGGAUGGAUGAUAGCGGGAAAAUCCUGGGCUUCACCAAGCCUACUGUCAGUGUUUACAACAAACACAAAAUGUCUAUUCCUGUAGAUGAAGUGAGAGAAAAUGCCAUUCUCAUUGGAGAUUCACUUGGCGAUGCUAUCAUGGCAGACAGGGUUCCAAAUAUCAAGACUAUUUUAAAAAUAGGAUUUUUUAUUGGACUGGAUCAGGUGCAGUUGCAAAAAUAUUGUAACAGUUUCGAUGUUGUUGUUAUCAACGAUCAAACAAUGAAUACUGUCAAUGCAGUUCUAAGACUCAUCCUCGACUCUUCAUAGUUACAUGUUUAAGGCUGAUCUUUAAAAGUUUAAAAUACAGGAAAGUUCUGCAGAACAAAAAGUAUAAAAGGAUUUUAGAAAAUAUAUUCUAAGAUCCCUUAAAACUGCUUUAAUGUUAAAAUUUUUAAGAAUAUUAUAUUCUCUUGCUUGAGGUAAGAUUUUUUUCAGCAAGGAAUGUAAGUGUUUUUUUAUAUCUUUAUUAGAUACACUACACUAAUAUACAAUCGUUCCCUUUUAGUGUUUAUUGAAACAAAAAUCUGGUUUCUCAAAAUAAAUUGAUAUUCCUCGCCGAGCAGACAUUCCUUGUAUUUUUCUUCUGUAUUUAAUGUUAAUAUAUUGUAGUUACUGUUUUCUAGUGAGCUUAGCCUAAGAAUUAAGAAUUAUAAAGCGCCUUAUACUUAAUGUAGUAUCCACCAAAUUUUAUUUUAUUUUAGUUUUAUGUAAAAAUACGAAGACAUUUUAUAUUGUUUUACUCGUGCAAAUAUUUAUUAAUGGCAUACAUAAAUUGUCUAAAAUUAGUUUUAAUAUUCGAAGUUGACCUUAUUACAAUAUUUUUUCAGCAUUUUUUGUAGUAGGCUAGUUAUUAAUCUGUGCCUUGUAAAUGCCUUGGUAGUACUGUAUAAUGUGCUCAUGCCAAUGCGUGGGAAAUCGUUUGCUGUGAUUAAAUGGUUAAUUAACACGUCUAAAAACUGUCAGGUAUAGUUUUGGUUUAAAUCAGUCACCAAAGAAUGGCAUUGCCGUUAGGAAACCCUGCCUUUAGGUUACAGUAGUAUGGCAUAUUAUAUGGAAGCGGGCGUGACCAAAUUACUGGUUGAUUUACUUUUCGUCAUACUACAGAAAAACAUCUGUUUAUAUUCUAUAGCUCAGUGGCUCCGACUUGCUGAACAGCUGGUGUCGUCUGUGACAACAUUCUUGAAUUGAAUUGAAAUACCACACCGUCAAUACCACACUAAAACCUUACAACUGCCACAAACCACACACAACAACAUCACAAAACCUCUCAGAGUCAUAGAUCUGUUGUGGAUCUCACAUUUCAUAUAGGCUAAUCAUGCUUUUUAUACCAUAUCUCUAGUCACUUGUUAUUGCAAAAUGUGAUAACUUAAACCGGCCUUAUAAGAAGUUCAAUUUGAUCAUUCCCAUGAGACACUUGUUAUCAAGGUUUUAAUGUAAUAUUUUGCUAUUUUAGACAACUCUAGCUUAAUGUAAAUCAUGCAUAAAUUCAGAGCCUCUGAAUUUGUGUAUAUUUACACCAAAGACAGUUUAUAUGAAAGAAUCAUGAGUAAGAAAACCAGUCCAAACUCCUAACAUUUUUCUGAAUAAUUAUUUCAUGAACUUAACCGUCACUCUUGUACUGCAGACACGAGCCACUAACUUAGCAAUACACACACCCAAGAACGCAAUUUGUGCUUUCAUUUCACCAUAGCUUUUAGGUGCAGUAAUGUUUUGCACUGUGUUACCUUUUAGGAGGCUUUAAAAUUGCUAAAGCCUCUGUUACGUUAUGUUGACUGAUGUUAGGUUAGAAAAUGUUUUGUAAAACUAUUAACUUUGUCUUAAUAUAGACGCUUGGCCAGUACUUACACCGUAGCUUAUAAGUUAAACAUGCCCAGCUAUUUACAAUGAUUUUAACUGUGACAUGCUUAUUUUCUAAUGUUAUACUGCAGUGAAGGCAGCUAGCCAUAACCAUAAUCUAUAAGCAAGUUCCCGUCAAAUAGACAUAUUUUACCAUUUACCAUUGUAAAAGCUGUAGCCACUUUUUUGUGAGAUAGAAUUCAAAUACAACAAUAUUUGAAUAAACCAUUAUCCAAUAAAUUCCACGCUUUAUCUCACUAUCAAACUAUCCGUUAAAUUAUUCUCAUCUAGAGAACAAUUACAUCCCUCAAUGUAUUCAUAACGUACCACACUCGAAAACAGGAAAUAAAAUUCCGCAGUAUCACAUUGACGUACAUAUUGUAGAGAUUGAAUUCUAAUUUUUACAACAACAAAAAAUUGGCUAUAGCUGGUACUUGUGAGUGGUAUUUUUAUACAGUAUUCAUAAUAAAAAAUUACAUUUUUCCUAUCCUGUUUAUUAAUUUUUGCUAUGUUACCCUAGAUGUAUUAUGUAAAGCCACCAAAAAUACCUUAUGUUGUGUUUUAAUUUUUUUAAAUGUCUGCUUCAUAUUUUGUACUCCCACUUUAUCUUAUUAAAUGAAUUUAAAAUAAUGAAAUGAAUAUAGUAAAAAAAUAAAAUGUUAAAUUUUUAA